CAUGAUAAACACGUGGUUCAUACAUGUCGCGAAAGUUCACAAUUUUGUAUUCAUCUAUUUUAAGCAAAAGUGUGGAAGAAUCCUUUACAAAAUGACGGAUGACAAAAUUAAGAAGCGUAAAGUUUCCAAGAAAACAAAAAAAUCAUGGAGAAAGCACAUCGAUGUGAAAGAUGUUGAUGCGUUUCUUGAAAACGAGAGGUUAGAAGAACGACUGGGUGUUCCUUAUUCAGAGCGAAAGGAUUCGGAGCUAUUUACAGUUGACAAAACUAAUGUGACUAAAAAUGUACCACCCAAAUAUGUUAUUAGACUUAAUUUGAAAAAUAAGGAACCAAGAUGCUUCGCUUCUUUGAAACCACAUACACAAGUUCCCGAUCCAAUCACCAAGAGGAAUCGAGUGAGGACCAGAGAGGAACGUAUGAGUUCCGUACGUAAAGCGGAAAGAAAAAUGAAGAGUAUUCUUAAAUUAAAAGAAAAAGAGGCAUUAAAGAAUAAAGCACUUGCUAAGGCUGCUCUGACAAAUUGUUCUAAAAGAGGAGAAGUCAAAAAUGAUGUGUGGAAUAUUACAAACAAUCUACUGCCAGAAACAGUCAAAGAAUGGAUGUCUUCGGAUGGCAUUAGACACACAAUUAAACAUUUAGGAGUUCAGAAAAGAAAAGUACCUUUAUCAUUGCAUAAAAAACCAUCUGUUGUACCAGCAGUAGAAGCUCCACAUCCAGGUAUGUCAUACAAUCCCUCAUAUGGGGAUCAUCAUAAACUUUUGUCUGAAGUUGCUGAGAAAGAAUUGGAACUCAUUAAGCAAGAGAAACAUUUGAACAGAGUCACAACUCAGAUGUUUCAAAAAAUUCCAUUAGAUAAAAGAGAAGAGAUUAGACUAAAUGAAAUGUCAGAGGGUUUGCCAAUAAAGGAUCAAACUGUGAGUUCAAAGUCUGCUAAACAGAACUGUGAUGAAAAACAAGAAGAUGAAGAAGAAGACUCAUGUAUUGCAGCAACCAACAAACCUGUCAAGAACAAUAAGAAAACACGUGUACAGAAAAGAAAACAACGAGAACAAAAGCAAGAAGCUAACGAACGUACAUUAGUCAAAAUUGAGAAGAAGAAACUUUCCGAUGUCUAUAAAUUGAAACGUUUGCAAAAACAGAUAGAGGCUGAAGAAAGAAAACAAGAACUCUUAAAACAAAAGCGAAUACAGAAACGUGAAGAGGAAUCUGUUAUGCCGAAGACUUUGAGUAAGAUAAAGUUUGAGUCCUUAGAUCCUGAUUUCCAAUUUCCAGAAGAUUUGAGUGGCAAUUUGAGGAAUUGUAAACCUUCUAAUUCGUUAUUGAAAGAUCGAUAUAAAUCGCUUCAACAAAGGAACAUCGUCGCGCCAUCUGUUAUAAAACUGACUCGAGACAAAGCAAAGGUGAAAAGAUUCGUCAAACCAGGUUUCAAAUAUAAAACAAGCUUGGACGAGAAAUAAUUUUACAACAAAGAAAUUAAUAUCACAUUUUUUGUAUCUGUUACAAUGUAAUGAGAUAUUACAUUGUACAAUUGUAUACAACGUAACGAUAUUGUUAUAUAAAUCGAUUACCUGUGUAACAGUUAUUUAAAGUAUAUGCGAACUGUACUGGAAAAUGUAAAAUAAAACGAUUUCUCCAUAAA